GGUAUUCAAUUUCUUUUUUUAGAUCCCAGACCUGGAGAGAGAUUUGGUGUCUUUAAAAUCACCUUCAAAGGAAGAUAUUGCAGAUUUGUUAAAUUCAUAUCAUUUCAAGUGCAAAGCUGAUCAUAAAUUUGUCUUGGCAGAGCACAUGGACAAGAUUAAUAGACUUUUUAAAACCAACAGUGUUGAAGAAAUACUAGAAAAUCUGAAGGAAGACAGUAGUCCAUUUGCACUUCAGAAUUUGGAGACACUGAAGAAAAUGUCUCCCACGUCCAUGAAGAUUACUUUUCAACAGCUUCGAGAGGGAGCCACAAAGAAUCUGACAGAAGUUUUAGUUAUGGAGUACAGACUUAGCCAAUCUUGUAUGAGAGGUCACGAUUUUUAUGAAGGUGUGCGUGCAGAAUACUGAGAGCGUCAUUAGCUAGACAAGCAUUUAUUGCACAACCCUAAUUGAAGAAGGGUGAUGCUGAGCUCCCUUCUUGAACCACUCCAGUCCGUGUGGUGUAACGGUACCCAUUGUGCUGUUUGGAGGGGUAUUCCUGGAUUCAGACCUGGUGACAGUGAAGGAAUGGUGAAAUUGUUCCAAUUCAGGAUGAAAGUUGGCAUGGCCUGGAGGGGGUCUUAGUUGCAGAUGAUCCUGUUCACAUGCUUCUGCUGCCAUUGCCCUUCUAGGUGGUAGAGGUCACACAUUUGGAAAGUGCCAUUGGUGGAACCUUGUUGAGUUACUUCAGUGCAUCAUCUAGACACUCCACACUGCUGCUACUGUUCAUUGGUGGUGAAGGGAAUAAGUGCUAAAGGUGGUGAUAGUGUUACCAAUCAAGUGGACUAUUUUAUCGUGAAUGGUGUCAAGCUUCUCGAGUGUUGUUGGAGCUGCAUUCAUCCAGGUGUGGAGAAUAUUCCGUCGUAUUCUGUCUUAUGUUUUGUGGCUAGUGAACAGACAUUGGGGAAUCAGGAGGUACGUUACCUGCAUCAGGAUUAUGUGUUGCAAAUGUUACUUGCCAUUUGUCAGUCGAAGUUGGUGGGCCAGGUCUUGCUGCAUAUGAACAAAAAUGAUUGAGUGUCAGCUUCAGCAAUACUGAACGUUGUACAAUCAUCAAGAAACAUCCCCACUUCUGACCUUAUGAUGGAGAGAAGAUCAUAUUUAUCAAGUAAUUGUCCAUUGGAUUUGUGUAAUGCCCAUGUAACUAAUCAUGCAGUACAAAUUGUGGCACAAUAACAAAUAAAAAUUUGAGGAAUUUUGAAGUUCAGAAUUGAUUGUAUUGCCUAGGAGUUUGUGAUCCAACCAUUUAUAGUAUUUACUGACCCUAAAACAAUACUCUUUUGUAUCUAAUAUUUUGUGUAAAUUAUAUCUUUUGAGUCUCUUCAAUUUGUGUUCCUUUUAAGAUUCAGACUGAAACAACUGAGUAGUUGAGAAAUGAAACUCUGCUGGGCAUUAAACCAAAAACCAAUUGAUAACAUUACUCAAAUCUGAUGAGUCAUGUUCCGAAAAUAAUCCCACUGGUGUCCCCUAGAGUUUUUUUUCAUUAGGCAACACUUGUUCUUAUAAACUUUAUUAUCUCGUAUUUCUAUAUAUUUACAGCUGUAAUUGCCAACGUUGCAAAUUUAUUUCACCUAUCAGAUGUCAUUCAGAUGCGAUAUGAUGAAAGAGUGAAAUUAUGCUCUAGUUAUAGUAUAUUACAGUCCAAAACAGAAUAGAUUAGAAGUGGUAUUGCGUUGAGGAGAUUUCCUUUCAGUCAUAGAUUGAAAGGGUGGGUGUGAUUGCAAGGAAAUCUGAUCAAAUGGUUUGAAUGAUCUGACAAAUCACUUGAAUAAUCUAAGUAAGUAAUUGCUUUUUAAACCCUGAAAAUUAAUUGUUAUUCUUUUAACUCCCAACUCUUAGGUUCUGUCAUAUACAUAGUGGCCAAACCUAGAUUUUCCUGGAAAAAUAACAGCAGUUUAAUGAUGUACAUCAUUAUUAAUGUUCAUAUCAGCUGUCAAGUUCAAACAUUCAAAGAUAUGCCAUGAGUUCUUAAUCUCCAGAACAUGUUGGUCAAUAUUAGAACAUAACUAGGAGCAGGCAACUCGGCCCCUUGAGCCUGCUUCUUCAUUUAAUACAAUCAUGGCUGAUCUCAUCUCAGCCUCAACUCUACAUUCCUGACCACUGUCCAUAACCCUUCAAUGUGGGCCACUACUCUACUUCUUCAGUUUGUUUCUGGGAUAUUGAUGCUGCUGGCUAGUUGAGCAUUUAUUGCCACUUGCUAAGAACUAAGUGAAGAAGUUGGUGCUGAGCUGCCUCCUUGAAUCUCUGCAGACCUGGGUGUGUAGGUGCAUCCAUAGCAGUGGUUGGAAGGGAGUUCCAGGAUUUUAACCUAAUGAUAUUGAAGAAACAGUGAUAAAAUUGUCAGUAAGGAUAGUGUGAGGCACGGAGGAGAGCUUGCAAUUGCAGAUAUUCCCGCGUACUUGUUUCUCUUGUGCUUCUAGGUGGUAAUGGUUACAGAUUUAGACAGUACUGUUGAAGGAGUCUGGAUGCCUUGUUGCAUGGUACACUAUGCUGUCACUGUGCAUCGGUGGUGAAGGGACUGUAGGUUGAAGGUGGUGGAUGAGAUGCCGGUCAAGCAGACUGUGGUGUCAUGAAUGGUGUGGAGUCAUAUUUGACCUGAUGACAUGAAUUUUUGGAGUUGCAUUCAUCCAGGCAAGUGGAAUGCAUUUCAUCACAAUCUUGGCUUCUACCUUGUAGGUGGUAGGCAAACACUGGGUACUUAGCACCUAAGUUACUUACCACAGAAUUUGCAGCCUCGGACAGUAUUUAUAUGGUUGGGCCAGUUCAAAUCCUGGGCAUUAGUAACCUCCAGAAUGUUGUUAAUGGAGUAUUCAUCAUGAUAAUGCCAUGGAAUUUCAAUGGGAGAUGGUUUCAUGCAUGAAUGUGGGCGCCAGGAUUUUGACCUAAUGACAUUGUAAAUUCGGCAUAUAUUUUCAAAUUAGGAUGAUGAGUGUCUUGGAAGGGAUCUUGCAGGAUGGUUGUGUUCCCACGUAUAGGCUGUCCUUGACCACAGUAAUGGUAAUGGCUGUGAGCUUGGAAGUUGUUGACUAAGGAGACUUGGUGAAUUUCUGCAGCCUCACACUGCACCUAAUAAGCAUUGCUAGUGGAGAGACUGAAUGUUUAGAUGUGGUGCAAAUGAAGUUCUUUUCGUCCUGGAUAUUGUCAAAGCUUCUGAAGUGUUGUCGCUGUUGUACUCAUCCAGGCAAACAUAGAAUAUCCCAUUAUACUCCUCACUUGAGCUUUGUAGAUGGUGAACAAACUUUAAGCGGUCAAGUGGUGUGUUACUUUCUGCAGGAUUCCCAGUCUCUGACCUGCGCUGUAUCCAGAGCAUUUAUAUGGCUAGUCCAGUCAGUUUCUGGUCAGUGGUAACCCCCAGGAUGUGAAUGAAGGGAAAUUGAGUGAUGGUAAUGCCGUUGAAUGUCAAGGGGUGAUGAUUAGAUUCCCUCUUGUUGGAUAAAGUCAAUGCUGAGAAUUUCAAUGGCAUCAAUGUUACUUUCCAUUUGUCAACCCAAACCUGGAUAUUGUCCAGACCUUGCCGUAUUUGGACAUGGACUGCUUCAGUAUCUGAGGAGUCAUAAAUGGUUCUGAGUUUUGUGCAAACAUCAGUGAAAUCCCCACUUCUGACCUUAUCGUGGACAAGUGGUAAUAGAUGAAGCAGCGGAAGAUAGUUGGGCCGAAGACUCUAUCUUAAGGAAGCGAUAACUGAACUUCAACAACAACAUCCAUCUUCCUUUGUGCUAGGUAUUAAUCCAUCCAGCAGAAAGUUUUCCUUGAUUUCCAUUGACUCCAGUUCUGCUAGGGUGACUUGAUAUCAUUUUUGGUCACGUGCUGCCUUGUCAAGUAUAAUCAUUCAGAUCUCAUCUCUGGCUUUUGCUGUUUUGUCCUUGUUUAGGCUAGGGCUGUUAUGAGGUCAGGAUCUGAGUGACCCUGACAGAACACAAACUGAGUGUCAGUCAGCAGGUUACUGCUCAGUUUGUGCCACUUGACAGCAUUGCUGACAAUCCCUUGAUAUUC